AUGAUGAAAGAGACACUGCUGGAAUAUGGUCUAGACGACGUUGAACAGUCUGCUCGCGAGUGCUUGCAGGAGCUGGAUGUUAUGCUGCUGGGAUGCGAGUUUGAAGAUUGGGCCUUGCGUUUGGACCUUCGUAUUCCAGAUAUACGCUCUCUUCAGGCACUACGAGAUCAAGUGUUGGACGGCUCUUUCGAGAAAAAGUUGAAGGAGAAGUUCGCUUCAAAUGCUCAGAACUUCAGGGCGCACGUAGAUAAGAGCCGGUUUUUCAGUCUUUACGAGGAUAGCUUGCGAGGCCUUGAGGGUCUCACAGCUCAUCAGAAAGAGAAGUUGCACGAAAUGGAGGGCGAGAAGGACGUCCAUCUUUCUGCGCCUGCCGGUGCCGGGAAGACGUUCGUUGCGAUGCAAAGGGUCCUGGAGACCCUUCAAGACCCAGAUGCAAACGUCCUGUAUGUGGCUCCCUCAAAGGCUCUUCUUUUGUUCUUUUUGCGGUGGCUGGCCAUGCGCCUGACACCUCAGGAUAACACGGAUACAGCUGGCCCCAAAUUCGAGACGCCUGAGAAGGCGCUACGAAGGCUUUUGCUACUCCAUGACCCGUACCAGAGCUUGAUCUUGCCGGAACUUCAACAAGGACGUAUCGUUCUUCACACGGACACAGUGCAAGGGCCAAUGUCAAGCGGGGAGCUGAUGUUUGAUCUGGCCGUCUAUGACGAGAGCCACAAGAUAUUCUGUCAGACCGUCGACCUGAACCAGACCCUGUUGAAUCGCGUGAGAGCACGACGCGAGGAGCUCUUUCAACUCUUUCUCUCUGAUGAGGCACAGUCGUCAGCCGUGCAGCAUGCCUUUCCUGAUGCCACGCAUGUGAAGCUGUCUGAGGUGGUUCGAAACACCGAAAGAAUCGUGCAGGCUGCUGCAAUGUUCCGAUACAGCUCCGAUCCGACAGAGAAUGUAACAUCUUUCGGAAAAUCGCUGGGACCACCACUGAAAACAUUUCUGUUUGCCCCGGACGUUGACAAGCACAAGACUUAUGCCAAACAUGUCGUUGCAGCCCUGUGGCAUGCAGUCUGCAUGUUUCCGGACAUGAGCUUCCAUGGCCGCAUUGCAAUUCUGGUUCGCGACCAAAAAUUUCGCCGUGAGCUUUCUAAUCACUUGCAGCCGGCACUAAACGAAGACAUCCGCCAUCGUCGCUUUGAGACAAAGUCUUUUGCAGAGUCAUUGCUCCAACUUCCCGAGCGUCUCCUCCAGACCUCACCGCAGCAGCACCGGGAAUGCAUUGUAUUAGAUGCUCUCGACAAUGCGGAUGGCCUAGAACAGCUGAUAGUCAUAUGCGUUGGACUUGAUGAGCCCUUGAAGAAAGACUGUGAUCAGAACCUCUGCUCGCAGCUGUACAGGGCGCUUACAAGGGCGCAGCUGCUAGCGAUGGUUGUGAAUGAGCACGUGCAGGGGGGACUCUUGGAGUUCCUUGGAGCCGUUCGCUUCUUUGACCGGAAGGUUGCGCGGCCCCCUAAUUCCCAGGAGGCUGCCCAAAGGGCGAUUGGAGCUGCUAAUGUGGCGAGCAAGGAUACUGAUACGGCAGUUUCCUCAGUUCUCGUCCCAGGUGCUGAGGCAGAUAUGCUGACCUCGAGUCCGAGUUCCACCGGCGCGGCAGGUUCAGGGAUGGGCACAGAUGCCCGGGCCACGGGAGAGCAAGCAAGCAAACAGGUGGAUCUUACCCACCUUUUCCAGGCACAGUCCACCCAAGGUGUCCAGAUGUCUGACAUAUGGGAUACUCGUGACAAUGCAAUUCCGCACGCGGACAGCCUGGAGUUCAGCCCUAUGACGCAGGCUGGCAGAAGAGGGUUUUGA